AAUCGUUCCAACUAGAUUAGCCUAGACUAUAUCGCCGGAACCAACGGAGUCCGGGCGGGCGAGAAAAGCCACCUACAGAAUUUGCGGCGUCUUGCAAGAUGGAGAACCCUGCUGGGGAAUCCUUGGAUUUGAUGCAAUUCCUCAAGGAUUGGCAGGGCGUAAUCCAGUGGCUCGUGAGCAGCGGCACCUCGACAGUAGCCGACGCACUGCGGCUGCACGAGGACCUGUGGCGCCUCAAGACGACUCUGCCUCGUGCCGCCAUGACGGCAGACGAGGCGGAGUGGUGGCGCUUCGCGCACCCUGGCGUCGGCGAGCUCCUCGCCAGGCUCAAAGACGCCGUCUAUGACGCGGAGGACGUCCUAGACGAGUUCAGCUACCAGGAGGCGCACCAGCGAGCCGAGGGACUCUUCGGCCAGGCAAGUCAACUCCUCUCCUCGUCUCCUGAUUUCUUCAAAUCUUGGGCCCUUGGCCCCAGGAGCAAGGUGAGGGACGUCCAUGGGAGGCUGGAGCAUGCUGCCGCUGAGCUUAAAGAAGCCAUGGAUCACUUGAGAUCUCGGCCUGUUGCAUCCCAGAUAUGGAGGAGGCCUCCCACUAGUUCUUUCCCAGCUCACAAAUCGGAAUUGGUGGGCAGAGACGACGAGUUGAAAAUGUUGAUAGAGCUCUUCGCGACAUCUAAGAAUCAGGGUGGAGGUGACCGGAUUCCUGAAUCUAGCGGUGCUGCUGUUUCUGUGCCGAAGAGGAGAAGAACUGAGGAGGUGAAACCGAAUGUUGUGGCCAUUGUUGGAAUGGGAGGGAUGGGGAAAACUGCCCUGGCACAAUACGUUUUCAACCAUCAGACAGUUCGUGAGCACUUCAUGGACCAGUGUUUUUGGGUAUCCGUGUCCGACGAUGGCUUUGAUGUCCUGAGGAUAACUAAAGAGAUACUCUACUCUGUUUUUCCUCAGAGGCAGUUUGAGACGACUAACUUGAACUACCUGCAAGCAAUCCUUCUAGAUGAAAUGAAGACCAAGAGAUUUCUUCUUGUCCUUGAUGAUGUGUGGAAUGAAGACCUGGCUGAGUGGCACAGAUUUUAUUCACCAUUUGCCGACCUUGUAGGUGCCAUGAUCUUAGUAACUACUCGGUCUAAGAGUGCUGCAGAGAUGAUGAGCAGAGUGGAUCUAUUAUUGUAUCUAAAUGGCUUACCAGCUGAUACUUACAAGGAGUUCUUCAAGACAUGUGCAUUUGGCUAUCAUGGGGAAGGGGAAUCAAGUAUCUGUAGCAGUAACUUGCAAUGGAUAUGUUGCCGCAUCGCCGACAAGUUGGGCGGAUCUCCUCUUGCUGCAAAAACUGUAGGAGCACUGCUGAGCUCAAAUAUCAGUGAGGAACAUUGGAGAACUGUCAUGGAUAGCGAACUGUGGGAGCUCAAUCAGAACAACAAUGGCAUCUUGACUGCUCUUCAGAUAAGCUUUCAGUAUUUGCCAGCACAUUUGAAGAGAUGCUUCUCGUUUUGUUCAAUCUUCCCAAGAAAUUAUACGUUGCAGAAAGAAGAACUGAUAGAUUUGUGGAUUGCUCUUGACUUUGUUGCCCCUGAAGGUAGGAUGAGAGCAGAAGACAUUGCAGCCAAGUACCUGGACGAGUUAACAAGCAGGUUUUUCUUUGACAUGAUUGGUGAUGGGCAAUGCUACCGGAUGCACGAUUUGAUGCGUGAAGUCGUGCGAUCAGCAUCAUUUUCAGAGUGCCUUUUGUUGCCAAGUGGACGUCACCUGAACAAAAUUCCUUCCACAGUUCGCCAUGUUUUUGUGCACGCUGAAGGUAUCAAUAUGCAGAUUGAAUUAGAUGAGUGCAAGAAACUACGUUCGCUUGUAACAGAUGGUAGAUGGAAUCUCGAUAUAAAUUUUGCUACAAAGCAGAUCACAAGUAUUCGUUGUCUGAAGCUAGAUGCUGUCAGCAUAAAGGGCCUUCCAGAACAUGUUGGGAACUUGAGACAUCUCCGGUAUCUGGACAUUUCUAAAGCAGAUAUUGCAACUUUGCCAUCAUCAUUUUACUGUCUGUACAAUCUGCAGGUUUUAUACCUCGGCCAUAGAUCACGGUGUAGUAGUGGAUAUUUUCAGAAGAACUUCUCCAAGCUGACUAAGUUGAGAAAAUGUCUCCCAGCCACAAUUCUGUCAAAAGUAUGUUCGAUCGGGAAACUGACUUCUCUUCAAACGUUCCACUCUUUCGAUGUUCGUAGAGAGGAUGGGUACAGAAUUGGUGAACUGAAGAAUAUGACUCAGCUCCAAGGUUCUCUACAAAUCAAGAAUCUUGAGAAUGUGAGCUGUCAGGAAGAAGCCAAGGAGGCAGAUCUCGAUAACAAGAUAUACCUUACAGGCUUGGUUCUGCACUGGUCAAAAGGAAAUACUAGUGCUAGCCAGGCAGCAAAUGAUGACCAUUCUGACGUCUUAGAAGGUCUCCAACCAAACUCAAGCAUCAAGCUACUAGAAAUAAAAUCAUGUCGCGGUACCAGACUACCAACAUGGUUGAAUGAACAAGACCUGCCUUGUCUAGAUAGAUUUGUAUUGUAUGACUGUAUCAAUUUCAAGAAUAUGCCUUCUCUACCGUCUUCCAUCACAAAACUACACCUUGUACGUGUCGGGCUUGAGAGGUUCCCUGAGAUAUGGCUCCCACAUGAUGGCAGUCAUGGAAAUCAUCAAAGAACCAGAAUAUGUCUCACUGAGUUGCUCAUUGAGAACUGCUUCAAUCUGACAAGUCUUUCAGAGCUGCUUGAUACACCAUGUUCUUCACUCAAGACGCUGUGUGUCAAGAACUGUGCAGAACUGAAUUUACUCCCUGAGAACUUCACAAAUUUACCUCUCAAGGAGCUGAAGUUAAUUAAUCUGCCAAAAAUUAGUUGCCAGGAGGGUUUUCAGCUACCUUAUACCCUGACAGACUUUGAGCAGGAUUUUUGUCAAAUGUUGGAGACUUGGUUUCCAGAAAGCUUGGUAAAACUGAGCUCUUUAUCCACACUGAAACUACGCCAUAGUCCUGAUGUUAAAUACCUCCCAAGCCAGGUGACAUGCCGAUUGACAUCGCUGAAGAACUUGAUACUCGAAAGCUGCAAAAAUCUGACAGAUUUAGAAGGGUUAAAGGCUUUGACAGCGCUAGAAAAUUUGCACAUUGUCAACUGUCCUUCAAUUCGCCAAUCCGUAGAACCCUUGUUAACCGAAAUAGAGGGGGUGGGUAUGUCAAAGCUGAUCUACUUAACCAUUGAUGACACACAGCUUCUCAAAAUGCAAUUUUUCAAGAAUGGCUUCCAUUCUCUCCAGAGGCUGAAAGUAUGCAGUUCCAAAGAGUCCCACAUGUUUGAUGAUGAGGCCAUGCAGGAGGUGAUGAAAAGCUUAAGAUCACUCAAAGGAUUAUGCCUACAGAGUUGCACCGCGCUCCAGUCCAUUCAUACAGUUCUGCACCUACUGCCAUGCCUUGAAACGCUCAGUAUUUCUGACUGUCCUUUCCUCCACAGCCUUCCAUCUCUGUUGCCCCCCUCCAUCAGGCAACUGCAGGUAGCACACUGUGAUGAGAAACUGAUGACACAAUUAGAUAAAUAUAAAGAAAUGCUAAGGCCUUUCGACACAUCAUUCACAGAUUUCUGAACGGAUCCUUGUACUUGGAAUGAAAUCAUUUUUUUAUAAUGUCCUAUGGCUUUUUUCAGGGUAUUGUCAAAUUUUGUUAACCAAUGUAUUAAGUAAUUGUAUUAAAUGUAGGAGUAUGCUUGGCAUCUAUCUAUAGUACGUAGAUUAGUUUUGUAACUGGCCCUUUAUUAUAAUCCUGGUCCCAUCUUAUUUCUAAAGAUGUUAGAUGUCUUGACAUUUUACAGUAUAUUUUAAUUCGAAAUACAUUAUAAGUUA